AUGGCCCAAACGUUGGACUCCGUGCUGGCGAUGGUGGCACCCCAAAAUGGCGAAGAAUUUCAGCCCAAAGGGAUAGCGAACUUGUUCUCAUCCAUUAUCAAACGCGACGAAUCGGAGGCACUUCUUAACGCCUUCUUAGAUAAUGGUCAAGAUCCCCUUCAGGCCCUGUCUGCAGCAACUUCUACAAUCCCCUACCUGUUUAUCCUAUCUUCUCGGUUGAGCACUGUUGGUGCCCCUCCCGUCCAUGCUGAUUUCAUCACUACUUUCUGUGAAAGUCUUGACCCAAUUGCCAUACGCUGUGUACCUGAACGGAUCGUAAAGCUGGCAAAGGGGAUUAUAGCAUUCGCAGAAUCAAUACGUAAUCUGUCCUUUGCGCUUGAACCGUUAUACAACCUAGCGACUCGAUAUCCGCCGUCAACACAUUAUCUUACCGCCAUUCAUCCUUUGUAUCUCUUGAUAUGCAUUCAAACCCGACACUUCACCUCUGCUUUGCCGCUGAUAUCUCCACCUGUUUCCGAAAUCGACCGAACGAUUACAGAUUUGGAGUAUACUGAUGUGCUGCAAUACCAUUAUUUGUCAGGGAUCAUCUUUGGAGUUCUUAAAAAUUAUGGCGAUGCAGAAAGUGCAUUUGAGCUGGCUGCCACAUCCCCAGCGAGCGCGCUCUCAGCCUUGCAGCUGGAAGCAUGUAAGAAGCACAUAUUGAUACAACUCAUCCGACACGGAAAGGUGUCACCUUUACCCAAGUACACGUACAAUCACCUGAUAAGGCAUAUAAAGAGCAACUCCACGUACCAGUUGCUCAUCAAGCUGUACCCAGUGGUCAAAGGCCAGCUACAAGAAACACUCACGAAAGAAAUGGAUAGCUUUAGGGAGGAAGGGAACGCAGGGUUGUUGCAGAUUGCUCUUGCUCGCGCACCCAGAUGGACAUUGAAGAACCUGAUGAAUACUUAUCUAAGCCUUCCGCUGAAGCAGGUUGUAUCGUCUGCUGGGCUCUCGAGCGAAACCGAAGCCAAAGAAAUGGUUCUGAGCAUGAUAGAAGAUGGAGAACUCUCUGCGACAUUAUCACCAAAUGGAAUCCUUACCUUUACAGAAGACUCCAAUCCCGAUGUAUUCCAUCCAAAGGCAAUUGAAACUGUCCUGCGUAAAGCUCAGGUUUCGGGCACCUAUUUAGAGGAACUUAAUCACAACAUUCUGAAGAGCAGGGAGCUUCUUACCAAGGUGGGCCUUGUCAUUCACCACUACCAAAUCUACGGUACAUAUUUCCACCUGCCUAGGCUUUGAAAGAAAGGGAGUCGGGGACUAGUGCCUCGUACGGAGUGGGUACUUAUGAUGAAGAGGGCGACCUGUUUUCGUCUCCCAGGGCUGCUCGGGUUGAUGGGCUAUUUGAUGAUUGAUUAAGGUGUUAAGAGUAAACCCAUCCAUGAGGUCGAAUUAAGUAUCUUCGCCAUGAAUCGACUCCGUGAGAUUCUUUUUAUAGCGAUCGCCUCCCAUCGAGCCGCCAACGGCCGAGCACGGUAUUGAGCGAAGUCCAGCAGUCCUCUUCGCCCACUCGAACGCUUGCCCAAUCCAGCUCAGAUUUGGGUAAUCAGACGUUCAUUCGGGUUUUGGGAAAUGUCAUUUGCACCAUAUUCCAGCACCUCUCAGCGAAGCAGACUCAGAAGAACAGCAGCCAUGUCUUCCCCCUACAACGGGACAUGGUCGGUAUGACG